UAAAUACCAUGACUGCACUGGGCUUUGUAAUUCCUAAUUGAACAACCAUAAGCUAUGAGUUAAGACUGUAAAAUGAAACUUGCCCUGCAGUUUUGGCUAGUCUUUUAAAAAUGCUUGAAAAUGCGUACUGGAAUUGACGCUGAGUGAGGGAACGCACUUCCGUCCAUUUCGUGUUACGUGUUCGCCUUGCAGGUGCUGAAGGAUAGCGGUCUUGGCACCAUUCAUAAUCUUUUCAGUAAAAUAACGUCGACAUUCAGCCACAUUGAUUACGGAAAUUAUUCAGAAGAUGGUAGCAAAACAGAGAAUCCGAAUGGCAAAUGAGAAACACAGCAAAAACAUCACACAGAGGGGAAACGUUGCAAAGACCCUGAGACCACAAGAAGAGAAAUAUCCAGUGGGACCCUGGCUGUUGGCCCUUUUUGUAUUUGUUGUAUGCGGAUCAGCUAUCUUUCAGAUAAUACAGAGUAUUAGAAUGGGCAUGUGAGGACCUGCAGUUUCUGUGGACCCUUUCUUCACUCUGCAGUUUUGUGCACCAGUAGCAGUUUUGGAGCUGCACAAUUAAUGGAAAACAAAAAAAAAAGAAUCUUGCUGGAUUUCGCCUGCACAUUCAGUUCUUAAGUGCAGUCCAGAAAACCUGUUCUUGGUGCAUACAUGUUUGAAAUGUCCUUGACAAUGGGGACGCCUUGCUUUUAUACUGACUCUGUGGUUUAACCAUAUUGGUUGGCUGUAGCAGUGCUGUCUGUGUUUGUUUCACCUGACUAAUGUAUGUGUUCAAAAAUGUAAUUGCUCAAUACUAUGUACCAUAAUUCAUUUCUUCUAUUAUGUGUGUAUGAUCUAUAGAGUACAUUUUACAAAUAAAUGUGUUUAAUACUCCUGUUUGUUGUGUUUUAAAGACAUGGUUUUAGUGAUGUCUGUAUUUUAUACAAGGAGAUAUUGAAUGGUCAUUUGGGUGGGGCUUUUAAAAAGAUCAGUCACUACAUUAAGCUACAAAAACAGGAGCAGCUUUUUGAGGUGUAAUUUAUUCCUUCAUUAGAGUAUUGGGAGCUGUGAUUAACCUAUUAACUGCUGACUGAAAUCUGAAAGGCAACAUUAUCCCUUAAAAACACUUUGUCCAGUUAUUAUGUAAUAAACACAACAGGAGUUUUUUAGGGUGUGUAACUAAAAACAUAUGAAAACAUUAUUGAUGUAAUACCUGAUACAAAGCACCUGAACGUGUAGCUUGUAAAUAAAGGUGCUGUUCCUUACCGACAAACACCCUGUCCUGUGUGAAGUCAAACGAGAGUUUAAUGAGAAUCUGGGAAUGUGACUAACUGUACUGGACACAAAGAAACUCUGAAGAAAGAGGGGAUUAAUGCCAAGUCCAGGACAUUGUUUGUUGCAUGAAGUGAUUCCUUUUGAAGCAGGAUGUGAAUUCAUUGAUUGACCUGAACAACUGGUUGCUUCCUAAGGACAGAGAAUCAAGCAAUGUUUACACCAGUGUAAUAGUGAAUCAUGUGUAAAAACAUAUUUAAAAGGAACAAGUAAUGGCUUUUAUAUAAUUUUACAUUUCUUCACAAAUAUAGAACUGAUAUUUUACACAUCAGCUGGGCACCAAAAAGAUCAUACAAGUCCAGCCAUACAGCAUGCCACGCAAUUUUACAUCCAAAUAGGAUUCGGAUAUGAUGAUGUGACAGUGCACCAAUGAAGGCACUUUACAACAUUUUCUUCAAAGUAAUCUUUGAAGUCAUGGAUGGGUGACAACAGAUUUAACAAUUCUGCAGAUUUCAUCUGGCAGAUUGCACUUAGCAAAGUCUGCAGUUCAACAAUAGGGUCAUUCUAUGUCAACUCAACCAGAGCUUCCCAGCUUUGCUUAUAUUUUGUGUAGUGGAUACAGGUCAGGUAUGAAACCAGGCCAAAUCUUUAAGCUGAAUGUUGGGCGGGUGCAAUCACACUUGAAAUGUGUCUCAUUUUCAAGUGAUUUUGAGGAUCUAAAAGUAAUAUUUAUAAUGUCAGUAGCCCUAGGAAUGUUUGCACAAUAUAACCCAAAACAACAUAAAUGCAUGUUGUUCUGGUUUUACAUUUAUUAAACUGAAAGAGAGAGAUUACCAACUCAAUUAAUGUACCACAAGUCCUUCAAAUCCUCAUCUAUAAGCCCACCAAAGGUCAGUUUGUUAACUCGUGUCCCCACAAGGGGGUUCAACCCUUCAAAGACAGGGCUAUUUUCAAUACUUUCAUCCUGAAGUCUUUUUGUACUGUCAUUAAAUCAGACAGUAAAGUAGGUAGACAGUUGCAGAGUUGCACACAGAAAGUCAGUUAAACUAUGAGCACACCUAAGCAAAGUGAUAUAUCUUCUACUUUAUAAGGAACAUGCACUUAAAAAUCACUCAGGAAUUAGACAAUUGGGCAAUUUUUCAAUUUUAAGCCCCCCAGCAACACAGAAAUACUAAAGCGGUGGUACUUAUUUUGCAUGGAUUUUACAGAAGGCCUCCCUGCUAUCUGUACAGAUGCAUUCAUAGGGCUACACUGACAUUCUAAAAAUCACCCACCCCCUCCUACAAAAGGGGGUGUAUCUCAGCAAAUCUUCAUCAUUGAGCUUAAAUAUUUGGCCUGGUUUCAUACCCGAACUGUAUCUACCACUACACAAAAUAUAAGCAAAAUGAAAGUCUUGAGUGAGUGAUUUUCCUGGAUUUUGAUUGAUUUGACACAGAAUGACCCAGUCUUGUGUGUUUACUCUAUUAAUCCAGCUACAACAAAAAAAGAGCUUGGAUUUAGCUCUGUGUAUACACUGUCAGUGUUUAGAGUAUGGUACCUUAAACAACAUGUUAAUGAAAUAUAUAUCCACCACCAUGGCUAUGAAUAAUUACAUUUAUGUAACCAAUUCAUGUCUGACAUGCAGAUUUGCCAGGUUACCUCACAGUGACAGCCACAUUAAAUUGUGUUGCCAGUAGACAUGUUUUUAUUAUUCCUUAGCAACCAUAGAUGAUGACUGUUUGAUAAUUUAGCAACAGUAGACUUUUUUUUCUAAACGAUUUUCACCCCUGCAUGUGUGCCUGCACUAUAUCUCCAUGAUCUCUUGGUUUGACUUGCACUUUCUUCAGUACCAAAAGGGAAAGUGAAACAGACGUAAAGCACAAUGCUGCUAGCAAUGCAUUCAGAAUGGGCUUGGGAAUGUAUAUUACAAAGAGCAGCAACAUAUCUGCAGGCAUAUGUCACACUUGAAAGUGUAAGGCUGAGCAAAUCAGUGGGUAGUAAGUGCCAUACCAGAACAAGGCUCCUAUUAGAUACUGACUGGGGAUCACAUUUCCAAGUGAGAUAGCGAGAGAGAAAGAAUGAAUGAAUAAAUAAAUAAAUGACAACCAGUUUUUCUAGGGCCAUGAGCCACAGAAUAUUUUACAAAAAUGUGCUGACAUCUUACCUAAAGGUAUUUGGUAAAAAGGAACCAAAUUGUUGUUGUUUUUUUUUUUUUUUUUUUUUUUUAACAAACUACAAAAAUAAGACAUGUGUAUAUGUGUGUGUGUGUGUAUUCUUCCAUUUAAAAUAAAAAACACACAUUUGUAGUAAGAACUGGCAAGGCAGCUCCACGUUUAUAUUACAAAUGCGCCCCUUGCCCAGCCUGUAAAUGUAAUACCUUUGCUAGUGCGUCGCCAUGGAAGUUUGCCGUUACCAGGAUUCCUUAGCAACCAGCAUUCAGUUACAGACACUGUCCCCUGCUGAACUUCAGGGAUUUCCUGCAAGGUUAUGCCACUGGUUGCGAUGUUUUAUUUACCGUUAAAACAACAUAAUCUCGUUACAAUGAAAGCUUUCACGUGUGCAUUGUAGCGCUUCCAAAUAAUGUUACCCGCGCCAUGCCAUUUCCUGUUCGCCAGGCGUCACCGGGGAACCCCUCGCACUGGACUACGUGAAGAGGCGGGGAUUGGGAGGGACUCCGGGGGAGAAAACACGCUUCAAAACUCCAGCCCGAAUUCACAGACUGCUCGGGGUGGUAGAGAGUUCAUGUUGAGCAGAAGUUUCACUGUGUAUACACAGUA